CCUGGGAACUCCGGGCAGGGCGGAGGCAGGCGGAGACUCAGUCCCGGGGACCGUGGCCCAGUUCGGAGCCGCAAAGUCCCCGCCUCCUGCGAGUCUCGGAGACCGCGGCGUCGCGGGGCCCGCGGCGGUUGCGCGGAGGAAGGCCAGCGGGGAGAGCGCCAUGAGGGACCACUCUGGGCUUCCACUGGAGGGCCACCCGGUGAGCGGCGAGCGGCGUGUACCACGAAGUAGUGGCCGGGUAGGAGGGUGCAGCUCUAACGCGGCAGCUAUCCCUGGGGCGGGGCCGACGCUAGCGCGCUGGGAUCGGAAGGGGAGAGGCUGGCUGGUGGACUUGAGCUAAGACCCCAUUCGGCGCCAACGGAGUUGGAUUCUAGCCAAGGCUGUAAAUUCAUCCCAAAGCGGAGACCCGAACUUCGCAGCCAGGCGUGAAGUUUCCCUGGCCCGGUGGUGCUUGUUGCCAUGACAACGCCUCCUCUCACCGUCGCCCCGGCCCCUGCUAGUUCCCAGCUGCCAGCGAGGCAAUUCUGACUGACUCCUCCCGGAGGGCAUUUGCCCGCCCGCGAAAGAGAUCGCUUUUUGCCAGCGGAGACUUUUAAUCUUGGUCUUCUCUCACGUUUAUCGAACAAAUCACUUGGGAAACCAUGGAGAAAACCGUGAUACUACCCCACUCCUUCUGGAGUCUCCCCUUCCAGACUCCUAGCCACGACUCCGACGCCCCUUUUCCUCUUGGGGCAGAACUAAAGGCCAAGCCGAGAGUGGGUGUUCCCCCUCGCUCGCAACGCACUGAGAGGGGGCUGGGGGCUGCGGGCCGCGGGGCCCCGGCGGCGCAGCCCGAUGACGCAUUGCGCCUGCGCGCGGGGCUAGCCCAGCGUCCUCCACGAGCCCUUCCACCUGUGCCAAGUGAUACUAAAGAUGAUAUUCCACUUGGUCGUCCUAAGAAAAAGAAGCCAAGAACAAAAGCCCCGCUAGCAAGUGCUUCUUUGGAAGGCCUUGUUCAGACUGCUGUUCAUAGGCCACCUGAGAGCAGUGAGCCACCACUUAAAGAACCCAAAGAGCAUGUAGAAGCUCCUGUUCCAAGAAGACAGAAGAAGACAAGGCUACCUCUUGAAUUGGAGACUGCCUUUGUCCAGAAGACAUCUAGUCCACCUUUAUUACGAAAUGAAAAUGGUAUCGAUGGGGAGCCAGCUGAGGAGCCAGUCAUUCAAAAACUUCGCAGGAAGACGAAGAAAACACAGCCAGCAGAAUUGCAGUAUGCCAAUGAGCUGGGAGUGGAAGAUGAAGACAUAAUUACUGAUGAACAGAGUAGUCCAGAACAGCAGUCUGUGUUCACUGCACCCACUGGCAUUAGCCAGCCUGUAGGCAAAGUGUUUGUGGAAAAAAGCCGGCGAUUCCAGGCCACCGACCGUUCAGAGUUGAUCAAGACCACAGAAAACAUAGAUGUGACCCUGGACGCGAAGCCUUCCUGGACGACCAGAGAUGUUGCACUCUCAGUGCACCGGGCUUUCAGGAUGGUUGGUCUCUUUUCUCAUGGUUUCUUGGCUGGCUGUGCUGUGUGGAAUAUUAUUGUGAUAUAUGCUCUAGCAGGAAGUCAGCUUUCUAACCUCUCCAACCUUCUGCAACAAUACAAGACCUUAGCAUAUCCAUUCCAGAGUCUUCUCUACUUGCUUUUGGCUCUAAGUACAAUUUCAGCUUUUGACAGGAUUGACUUUGCCAAAACAUCAGUAGCAAUCCGAAAUUUUCUUGCUCUGGAUCCAACAGCUUUAGCCUCUUUCUUGUACUUUACUGCUCUCAUACUAUCUCUGAGUCAGCAAAUGACAAGUGACAGAAUACACCUUUACACACCUUCUUCUGUUAAUGGUAGUCUCUGGGAAGCAGGAGCUGAGGAACAGGUUCUCCAGCCAUGGAUCGUGGUGAACCUAGUGGUGGCCAUUCUGGUUGGAUUAUCUUGGCUUUUUUUGUCCUAUAGGCCAGGCAUGGAUCUUAGUGAAGAGUUGUUGUUCUCCUCUGAUGUGGAAGAAUCUCCUGGUAAAGAUAAAGGGAUCAAAGCCUCUUCCUAGUGCCUGCUCACCUUCAGAGGAAUGAUAACCCAGUAUUGAGAAUUUUUCUCAUUCUUGCUUUUAAAUGUAUUUUUGUAAGAUAUGUACAGGUGUGUUUGGAAUUGAUUUUUUUUAUUAUAUAAUACUGAAAAGAUUCUCAAGAUUAUGGAAAAUGUUGAAAUUGUAUCUGUAAUUUAUACCCAUUCAUUUCAACAGCAUUAUUAUCUUAAUGACAAAGGAGAUAAUGAGCUAGAAACCAGUAGGUGAAAGUGUUUAUUUCCUGUUCUCUCAAAUUAAGUGCAUUUAUAAUCAUUAGCUUAAAAAGCACUAGUACAGAAAAAGCCAUAAUUUCAGUGUUACAAAAGAUGUAUCAGGUUUAAAUAUAAAUUUAGGGAAUAGGGAAGAAGGGGGAAAAAAAGACCUUUAUUAUUUAUUUUUGAUGUCUCCUUUCUGAAUUAAUUGAAAUACUAAAUUUGUCUUUUUUGAAAUGGACUUAAUGGUUGUAUAUCAUGUAAUAAGCAUAAUGUAAUAUAAUUUAGUUUGAAAGAUGCUCAUUUUAUGGCUAAUAAAAAGAAAAUAUAUCUUU